GUCAUAUAGACACAUAGUUUUCUACUUGCCUUGCUUUUGCUUCACAAAAUUAUAUAUAAGCAAUAUCAAUGGCUUCUAGCUACCAAAGUACAACAAUGGCUUCAAACUACAAUACCCACAAAAAAGUCCUUAGCAAGGGCACCAAAGUCAUCCACCAAAGCCAAGUGGUGGUGGUGGUUGUGCCUUUCCCAGCACAAGGUCAUCUCAACCAACUUCUCCACCUCUCUCGUCUUAUUUCAUUAUACAACAUACCAAUCCAUUUUGUCGGCACAACACAACACAAUCGUCAAGCUAUAGUUCGUGUCCAAGGUUGGGACCCAAAAUCAUUUUCAAAAAACUUUAACAUUCACAACUUCAAAGUUCCAACUUUUGUUUCACCUCCUCCAAACCCAAAUGCAAAAUCAAAAUUUCCAUCUCAUCUUUUUCCUUCCUUUCAAGCUUCUUCCAAUCUUCGUGAACAUGUAGCUACACUUUUGCAAUCACUUUCAUCCGUAGCUAAAAGGGUUGUUGUCAUUUAUGACUCCCUUAUGGCUUCUUGUAUACAAGAUGCUAUUCAUAUAAAAAAUUGUGAAAGUUACACUUUUCACAGUGUAUCUGCUUUUACCAUGUUUUUGUUCUUUUGGGGUGUAAUGGGAAAACCACUAGUGAAAAAUUCCACCAAUAUUAUCCCAGAAGUUCCUUCUCUAGAAGGAUGUUUCACUACACAAUUCAUAAAUUUCAUAACUUCACAAUAUGAGUUUCAUAAAUUCAGCAAUGGAACAAUCUAUAAUACAUCAAGGGUAAUUGAAAAGCCUUAUAUAGAGCUAAUAGAAGGCAUGAUUAGUCACAAGACUCAUUGGGCUUUAGGCCCAUUUAACCCUUUAUGUGUUGAGAAAAGAAACAAUAAUAAAGCUAGGCAUUUUAGCUUGGAGUGGCUUGAUAAGCAAAAGGAUAAUUCAGUAAUUUAUAUAUCUUUUGGGACCACAACAGCCUUAAAAGAGGAACAAAUUAUAGAGCUUGCAAAUGGGUUGGAACAAAGUAAGCAAAAAUUUAUUUGGGUAUUAAGAGAUGCUGAUAGGAGCGAUGUUUUCAAUGAGGAUGGUGUUAGAAGAAUGAUUGAGUUACCAAAGGGGUUUGAAGAGAGGGUUGAAAUUGAAGGUGUUGGGUUAAUUGUGAGAGAUUGGGCCCCACAAUUGGAAAUUUUAAGUCAUUCUUCUAUAGGUGGUUUUAUGAGUCAUUGUGGAUGGAAUUCUUGUAUGGAGAGUAUUACUAUGGGGGUGCCAAUAGCAGCAUGGCCUAUGCACUCUGACCAACCUAGGAACAGAGUUUUAGUUACGGAAGUGCUUAAGAUUGGUUUGGUUGUGAAGGAUUGGAGUCAAAGGGAUGAGUUGGUGAUGGCUUCUAUUGUGGAGAAUGUUGUGAGGAGGUUGAUGGCUACAAAAGAAGGUGAUGAAAUGAGGCAAAAUGCAAUGAACUUGAAAAAUGAAAUUCUCAAGUCAAUGGAUGAAGGUGGUGUUUCACGUAUGGAACUGGAUUCUUUCAUUGCCCAUGUGACUAGAUAGAAAAUUUGACCAAACAGUUUCGCCCAAAAGCUCAAUUAUGCAUGUUGAUAUAGUGAUAAAUAUAAUAAACAUGGUUUUAAUGAACUGCUUAA